AUGAGUCUUCUUAAUUCAAUCCUCUCUUCCAUCAACGGCGGCCAGUCCGCUGCUCCACGCCCACAAUCACUUCCUUCCUCUACCAGAUCGAAUCCUCCGCCGCGUAACCCGACUCCUCAGCAGGCAGCGCCAAAACGGAAGGCCGAAGAUGCUCCUGGAGACUCAAAGCCUAAGGUGGCAAGAACAGAUAUCAACACAUCAAGAUUCGAAAACAACGCCUCUUUAGCCCCGCCUCCCUCACGCAGUACGACCUCUUCGCCUGCGCAAAGGUCCGCUUUGCCACCACCCAAAGCUGCCAUCCCCUAUCGCGGCAGUGGUCCCUCUGCGAAGACACAAUUACCCUCAAAAGCCGCUGCCGCUGCGGCCGCCCCUGCGAAGCCAUCUACAUCUUCUACCACUUCCUCAGCGCCUGCGUCAACGAAAGGAGGUUACCUAGCUAUUCUGGAACGAGCCAAACAAAAUGCUGAAGCCGCCAAACAAGCUGGCCAAAUCAAGCACAAACCUGUCGAGAAACUCACCAAGAAGGAUCGCCAACGUCUUAUUGAAGAAGCCCGUGCCGCAGCAAAGGGCAAGCCUAUAGUGAACAGAGAUGCAAAGGUUGGCCUGAAACCCAGAGGCAAGAGUGCCGAACCCCUUGCCGACUCCAAAACAGGUGCAUCGGCCAAGGACAAGCGAAAGCCUGUGGAAGUUGCGUAUAAAGGUACCAUGCGUGCAAAUGCGCCUGCUGCUCCUGUCUAUCGUGGUACAAUGGGUGGACCAGGAGGUGCUGCCGCUCGCAAGCCAGUCGCCAAAGCUCAAACACAUGGCAGGGCUGGUUACGGCGCCGGUCCUCGCUACGCUUCGUAUUCCGAUGAAGAGGAGGAAGAGGACGAUGACGAACCAGAAGAUGAUUACGAGUCAGGAUCAGAUAUGGAAGCUGGUGUUGACGAGAUGUACGAAGAAGAAGAGGCAUCUGCACGAAUUGCAAAGCGCGAGGAUGCGGUAGCUUUGGCCGAAGAGAACGAGCUCAAGCGCCAGAAACUCGAGCGCAAACGCAAACUGGAGGCACUCGCCUCAAAGUCGAAGAAACGCACCUACUAA